CUCCUCCUCCUCUUCCCCCCCAGGUUGAGCAGCCUGUCCUCACUGGGGGAUUCCUCCUCGGAGCGAAGGCCCCCCGGGCACCACCGCCAGCCCUCCUCCGACUCCUCCGAAUCCACAGGUGGGGCUGCCAUGAGAGCCGGCGUGCAGGAGGGCGACCGGAUCGUCAAGGUGAAUGGGACGAUGGUGACCAACAGCUCCCACCUGGAAGUGGUGAAGUUAAUCAAGUCCGGUGCCUACGUCGCUCUGACCCUCCUGGGAUCCCCCCCUCCCUCCGUGGGGGUGCCCAGCUCCCAGCAGGAUGCGGGAACAGCGGGAUCCCCCCACGUCCCCCCCGCGUGUCCCCCCCCGCCGCCGCCGCUGCCGCAGCGAAUCACCGACCCCAGACCCCUCCAGGACCCAGAGGUGCAGAAACACGCCACGCAGAUCCUGCGGAACAUGCUGCGGCAGGAGGAGGCGGAGCUGCAGCGCUUCCAGGAGCUGUACAGCCGGAACCCCGGAGCGGCCGUGGAGGAGCAGAUCGAAGGCGCGCGCCGGAGGGUCAGCCAGCUCCAGCUCAAAAUCCUCCAGGAGACCGGGAAUUCCCUGGAUUCCAGGCUGAGCAGUGACUCCAGCAUGGCCGGGUUCAGGUCGGUGGAAGGACGCCUCUCCCUGGACUCCCAGGAUGGAGACAGCGGGUUGGAAUCCGGCACAGAGCGAUUCCCCUCUGUGAGUGAGGUCUCCCUGAACCGGAAUUCCACCCUCUCCGACCACGGCCUGGAAAGCCCCCGGACCUCCCCCAUCAUCUCCUCCCGGCUUUUCCAGCACCAUCGGCGCCAGGGCUCCGACAGCCCCUUCCCAUCCAUGGCAGAGCAGGAGCGGCCGGGAAGGCCCCUGAUCAUCGGCCCGGAGGAGGAUUGUGAUCCAGGGUAUUUCAACAACGAGUGCGACUCCCUCUUCCAGGACCUGGGAAAGCUGAAAUCCCGGCCGGCACACCUGGGGGUCUUCCUGCGCUACAUCUUCUCCCAGGCUGAUCCCAGCCCCCUGCUCUUCUACCUGUGCACGGAGGUUUUCCAGCAGAGCACAGCCAAGGAUUCCCGAGCUUUGGGGAAGGAGAUCUGGAAUAUCUUCCUGGACAGGAGCGCACCUCUCCGGGUGAAGGUGUCGGAGCAGCUCCUGGCAGAGAUCGAGAGUCGCCUGCGCAAUGGGGACGAUGCCCGGGCCGCCCUGUUUGAGGCCCAGGAGAUGGUGAUGCCCGAGAUCCAGGAGCAGAUCCAGGAUUACAGGACGAAGCGGACGAUGGGCCUGGGGAGCCUCUAUGGGGAGAACGACCUCCUGGAGCUGGAUGGGGACCCCCAGAAGGAGCGGCAGGUGGCCGAGAAGCAGCUGGCCCAGCUCGGGGAGAUCCUGUCGAAGUAUGAAGAGGACAGGAGCUCCCCCAUGGCCUUUGCCCUCAGCACCUACAUGAACCACACCGGGAUCCGGGUCCGGGACCCGCGGCCUGCCGGCGCCUCCGAGAAGGUCCCGUCCCUCCCCGACAGGGACAAGUGGCUGCCCUUCUUCCCCAAGGCCAAGAAGAGCAGCAGCUCCAAGAAGGACAAGGAUGCCCUGGAAGACAAGAAGCGCAACCCCAUCCUCAAGUACAUCGGGAAGCCCAAAAUCUCCUCCCAGAGCACAUUUCAUGUCCCUUUGUCCCCUGUCGAAGUCAAACCCGGGAAUGUGAGGAAUAUUAUCCAGCACUUUGAGAACAAUCAGCAUUACGAGAGCCAGGAGCCCGGCACCCAACGCCUCUCCACGGGGAGCUUCCCAGAGGAUCUGCUGGAAUCAGACAGCUCCCGUGCUGAGGUCAAGCUGGGCCGCUCCGAGAGCCUGAAGGGCCGGGAAGAGAUGAAGAAAUCCCGGAAAGCCGAGAACGUUCCCCGGUCCCGGAGCGACGUGGACAUGGACGCGGCGGCCGAGGCCACCAGGCUGCACCAGUCGGCCUCGUCCUCUGCAUCCAGCCUGUCCACCAGGUGGGAAACUCCACCUCCAGGGCUCCCCUGGGAAGGGUUGGAUCCAGGGAUGAACUGGGAACAGCUCUUUGCCACCGAGGGGUCCCACCUGCGCAUCCUGAGGGUCCUGGACCUGCUCUUCUACCAGAGGAUGAGGAAGGAGAACCUGCUGUCCCGGGAGGAGCUGGGGCUGCUCUUCCCCAACCUGCCCGACCUCAUCGAGAUCCACAAUUCCCUCUCGGAAUCCAUGAAGAAGCUGCGGGAAGAAGGACCAAUCAUCAAGGAAAUCGGGGAUCUCAUGUUGUCCCGGUUUGACGGCCCUGCCAAGGAGGAGAUCCAGCAGGUCGCCGCCACCUUCUGCUCCUACCAGUCCAUCGCCCUGGAGCUCAUCAAGACCAAGCAGCGCAAGGAGACCCGCUUCCAGAUCUUCAUGCAGGAGGCCGAGAGCAACCCGCAGUGCCGGCGGCUGCAGCUCAAGGACCUGAUCAUCUCGGAGAUGCAGCGGCUCACCAAGUACCCUCUGCUGCUGGAGAACAUCAUCAAGUUCACCGAGGCAGGAUCCCCGGAGCUGGAGAAGCUGUGCCGGGCUCGGGAUCAGUGCCGGGACAUCCUGAGGAACGUGAACGAGGCCGUGAAACGGGCGGAGAACCGGCACCGGCUCGAGGGCUACCAGAAACGCCUGGACACCACCCCCCUGGAGAGGACCAGCAACCCCCUGGCUGCCCAGUUCAAGAACCUGGAUCUCACCUCCCGGCGCAUGAUCCACGAGGGGCCCCUCACGUGGCGCGUGGGCAAGGACAAGACUGUGGACCUGCACGUGCUGCUCCUGGAGGACCUGCUGGUGCUGCUGCAGAAGCAGGAUGAGAAGCUGGUGCUCAAGUGCCACAGCAAGACGGCGCUGGGCUCCUCGGACAACAAACAGACCUUCAGCCCCGUCCUCAAGCUCAACUCGGUGCUCAUCCGCUCCGUGGCCACGGAUAAAAGGGCCCUUUUCAUCAUCUGCACCUCGGAGCUGGGACCCCAAAUCUACGAGCUGGUGGCCCUGACGUCCUCGGAGAAAAACACGUGGAUGGAGCUGCUGGAGGAGGCCGUGCAGAGUUCCACCAGGAAUGCCACCUUCCCCCCGAAGCGCCGGACGGCAGAGCCCGCUGGCACGGCCCCCGCGGGGCUGGUGCUGCAGGACCCCGACGUGUCCCCGGAGCUGUCCCGGGGCUCCGGAGCGGAGCUGGAGCCGGAGGAUUGUUCCUCGGUUUCGGGAGCUAUUUCGGGUGCUGGUGGCGGGUCCCUCUCACCCCCCCCUCUCCUCCCCCCCUCCCCAAUUUUUGGGGUCCCAGCCCAGGUGGAGGGGGCUCGGGAGGCCACGCCCUCACCAGGCAGCAGCCAAUCAGAGCCCGAGCUGCGGGAAGGAGGCGGAGCUUGUGUGGAUGGCAAUUAUUUCUACGUGAGCCUCCCCACGGGACCCUCCCAACCCCCCCCCGCCCUCCCUGGACCCCCCCGGGGGGCUGAGGGGGCUCAGGACCCCCCCAGGACCCCUCCCAGCGACGUGGAGCUGAUCCUGAGCACCAUCGAGGGGCUCACGGGGAAACUGCACAGGCUGAGGGUGAGACCCCCAGAAAUGGGGGGGGGG